AUGAAGCUGGUUAACUGCGUAUCGUUUUUUGUUUUCUCACAGACAUUUCAUCAUGUCUCCGCUCUCCCUGCGUUUGCGGAAAACGUAGACAUGCAUGCUCCCGUUCCCCUUGAUGCUUUCAAGAAGACAUCCCCUGUGGCCGGCCGUACGGCUGAGAUUGGCGGGCACCACAUCCCCAUUGAGCACUGGGCAACACUUAUGAAGGAUUCACUGCUAGAUGGAUUCGCUGAGUCCAAACGCCCGAAAAAGCGGUCGACGUUCGACCCUGUGGCUCAACUUAUUGAUGUACACGGCGACCACGAGUUCAUCAUGCCCAACUUCACUGCUGGCGAUGUUCGUGGUCCAUGCCCUGGAUUGAACACGUUGUCAAACCACAACUACCUGCCCCGCAAUGGGAUUGCCAGUAUUGCACAAUACAUUGAGGCUACCCAGAAAGUUUGGAACAUGGGCCCAGAUAUCAGCACUAUUCUUGCGGUCUAUGGUACAGUUUUCGGGGGUAACAUUUUGUCGUUGAAUCCAGGUGUCAGCAUUGGCGGAAUGUCCAGCAGUGCGAAUCCUGAACAGAUUCUGGACAACGCUGGUGGGCUUUUGGGAGAGGUUCGCGGCCUCUCAGGUACCCACAACACUUUUGAAGUCGAUGGGUCGAACACCCGAAAUGACAGAUACGAUCCUAUUGGCAAUGUUGAUGACACGAACAUGACCUAUUUCGGCCGCUUGUUCGAUAAGCAGAAGGAUGCAGAGGUCCCCAAUUACACUUUGGACGUCAUGUUUGAGUAUGCCAUCGACAGAUGGUACCAGGACAUUUCAUACAACCCUAACUUCAUCUACCUCCCAUGGAGUGGAUGGUUCGUCCGGAACGCGGCCAUUAUCUUCUCGGGUGAGCUGUUCGGCAACCACUCUGAGGAGUACCCAGAUGGAAUUUUGACCAAGGAAGCGUUGAAGAGCAUCUAUGGUGUUAGUGGUCCUGACGACAACAUGGUCUACACCAAGGGAAGUGACAGGAUCCCCGAGAAUUAUUACAAGCGCCCGGAACUGUUCUUGUUCAUGGAUGGAGCCAAGGACCUAGUCACCUACACUAUCCUGAAGUACCCACAGCUGUUCAGCAUUGGAGGCAACACGAACGGUGUGAACACCUUCACUGGUCUUGACUUUGCCGACAUUACUGGUGGGGCUUUCAACGCAGCCAACUUGCUGGAGGGCAACAACGCGCUCUGCUUUGCCUUCCAAUUCGUCAAGGAGGCAUCUCCUAACAUGUUGUCCUCGCUGUAUGCCACCAUUGGUCCAAUCCUUGAAACCCUCACCGAAGCCCUUGACGUUAUCUUCCUCUCCUUGGACUGCCCUGCUUACAAGGACUUGAGCGUCAACGGGACAGACUUGUUUAGCUACUUCAACGCCACCUACCCUGGUGCUGCUUUGACCAAUGGUGCCAUGUAG